UGCCCGGAAGUGAUUAGAGGAGGCGGGGCUCUGUUCCGUGGGUUGUGUUUGGACCAAUUCUAGAUAGUGUUGGGGGUAGGCUGCGGAGAGAGGUCGUCUAGAGUUAGAAGCAUCUUAUACCUAAGUGAGGAGGCACAGAUCGAGGCCAAGCUCGGUUGCCGUGGUUGGGAAGCCACACUGGUUGGGAUUCUGCGUGCCGUCAGGCCCGGCUCGCUAUGGGGGAGGUGGAGAUUUCCGCCCGGGCCUACGGGAAGAUGUGCCUGCACGCAUCUCGGUACCCAUACGCUGCUGUCAACGGGUUGUUGCUGGCACCCGCGCCGCGGUCGGGAGAAUGCCUCUGCCUCACCGACUGUGUGCCCCUCUUCCACAGCCACCUGUCCCUAUCGGUCAUGCUGGAGGUCGCGCUCAAUCAGCAUUCAAGCAUCAAGCCAUCGUGCGUCCAGCAGGCCCAACAUUCCCAGGCCAGCUGCAGGGCAAGGCUACAGCUGUGCGCACAUCUAGGAGACCUGGGUCUGCCCUCAGUUGGCUCCUCACUCCUCUGAUCUUCCCCCUACACAGCCCCGGGCUUCUGGCCUUGAAAAUCGCCCGGCGAAUUGCAGAAUUCUUCCCUGAUGCGGUGCUUAUUAUGCUGGAUAAUAAGAAGUUGGUGACUCGGCCUCGUGUACCUCCAGUCAUUGUCCUGGAGAACCAAGGUCUUCGAUGGGUGCCUAAGGACAAGAACUUAGUAAUGUGGAGAGACUGGGAAGAGUCGAGACAGAUGGUGGGGGCACUGCUGGAGGGCCAGGCCCACCAUCACCUUGUAGACUUCGACUGCCAUCUUGAUGACAUUCGGCAGGACUGGACUAACCAGCGGCUUAACACUCAAAUCACCCAGUGGGGCGGAUCUACCAGUGGGAAUGCCUGAGCCGGAGGGUCAGAGUACAAUAAAGAGAUGGGCUGAUGGGCAA